AUGGGUACCCUCAGGUGCUGCUUCUUUGCUGUUCUGAUUUCCAGUCUUUCACUUCCACUUGCUUUCUACACUGUUCGCUGGCAUGCACAACUCAGGAUACUGAACCUCUCRGGGAGUUCAGCAUUAGCCGAAGCCUGUAAAGCCCUUAGUGAGGGCAACAGAUUCCUUCUGAAGGAAAAUGCUUUGGAACCAACGCCCAGAAAAUCCAACUGCACGGAGUACGUGGCGCAGAACCACUACAUCACGCGCGCGCUGUCGGCGGAGGAGGCCGCCUUCCCCCUCGCCUACAUCAUGACGCUGCACAAGGAGUUCGAGACCUUCGAGCGGCUCUUCCGCGCCGUCUACAUGCCCCAGAACGUCUACUGCGUGCACGUGGACCAGAAGGCGCCGGMCGCCUUCCAGCGGGCCGUGCGGCGCCUGCUGCGCUGCUUCCCCAACGCCUUCCUGGCCUCCAGGACGGARCGCGUGGUCUACGGCGGCAUCUCGCGCCUGCGCGCCGACCUCCACUGCGUGCGGGACCUGCUGGCCUCGGCCGUGCCCUGGCGCUACCUGCUCAACACCUGCGGGCAGGACUUCCCGCUGAAGACCAACCGGGAGAUGGUGCGGCUGCUCAAGGGCUUCCGAGGGCGGAACAUCACGCCGGGGGUGCUGCCGCCGGCACACGUCGCCGCGCGCACCCGCUACGUGCACCGCGAGUGGGCCCGGCACAACGCCUCGUGCAUGGUCACGCCGCCCGUGCGCAAGGCGCCCCCGCCGCACAACAUCACCAUCUACUUCGGCUCCGCGUACGUGGCYGUCACGCGGCCCUUCGCGGAGUUCGUGCUGCGGGACCGGCGCGCCCGCGACCUGCUGGCCUGGUCCGAGGACACCUACAGCCCCGACGAGCACUUCUGGGUGACGCUCAACCGGAUCCCGGGUGUCCCUGGCUCCAUGCCCGACGCAAUGUGGGAAGGGGACCUGAAAGCUGUCAAGUGGAUUGAUAUGGAAGAGAGGCACGGAGGCUGUCAUGGUCAUUAUGUCAGAGGCAUUUGUGUGUAUGGAACAGGUGACCUCAAGUGGCUUUUUAACUCCUCCUGUUUGUUUGCAAAUAAGUUUGAGCUCAGAACAUACCCACUUACAGUGGAGUGUCUGGAACUGAGACAUCGAAAGAGAACCUUGUCCCAGAGUGAGAUUCAGGUGGAGCCAAACUGGUAUUUUUAGCUCAGAAAAAGUCGGGCUGCAGGCUACAACGUAAGUAACUAAGUGGUCAGGAGAACAGCAGCAGCAAUCUGACUUGUGCUGCGCUGGAAGCAUAAGCUCAGCAGACAGGUUUCCUUGGGAUGUUCUGUCCUUGUAGCAUGGGUCGGUUUGUCCCAAACUACCUGCCACGUCUAGCCUUCCAUUUAACACCAGGAGACCAAUACGUGAAAGAUGCAAAAAGAGAGACUAGGGUAACGCUCCUUCAGGAGCUGCUCUGUUGGCAUUUUUUGCCCUUUUUAGCAAGAGUGUUUUCCAGCCCCAACCUUUGUCUUGCUACACAGUCUUUGCUGUCUCUUUCUGUAUAAACUUACACAGAAUCAUGUGUCGCUGGAAUUUCUUUUACCUGGUAAGGCCAGUA